UUCUUGCCACGCCACCGCACCACAGGAGAGUUGCAAGAAGAGCUCACAUAGCAGGCAUGGACAGCAGAACCGUGGGGGUCCUCGGGGGCGGCCAGCUGGGCCGCAUGAUGGCCGAGGCAGGGCACCGACUGGGCGUAAAGGUGGCGGUCCUGGAUCCUCUGGGCACGGCUUCGCCGGCCGGGCAGGUGGCGGAGCUAGCCGUCGAGGGCAGCUAUCGCGAUGCGGACAAGAUCAACGAGCUGGCAGAGCUGUGCGACAUCCUGACGGUGGAGAUCGAGCACGUGAACUGCGAAUUUCUGUCGGACCUUGAGGCCCGCGGGGUGAAGGUCCAGCCUAGCCCGAGGACCAUCAGCGUGGUCCAGGACAAGUACGCACAGAAGGAGCACUUCCGGGAGCACGGCGUACCGAUGCCUCGAUACAUGGACACGCCCACCGAGGCGUCCGUGCGGGAAGCGGGGACGUUGUUCGGCUAUCCCCUGAUGCUCAAGGCCAAGAGGAUGGCCUACGACGGGAAGGGGAACGCCGUCGUGAAGGACGAGGGGUGUGUGGCUGAGGCAUUUUUAAUGCUGGGCGGGAAGGGGCUGUACGCGGAAGCUUGGGCGGAGUUUAACAAGGAGCUGGCGGUCAUGGUAAUCCGCGGCGAGGACGGCGAGCUUCGCACUUACCCCGUCGUCGAGACCGUCCAGGUGGACAACGUCUGCCACACCACGCUCGCCCCGGCCCGAGUCUCGCCGGAAUCGGCGGCGCAAGCCGCGGCGGCGGCCCGGAAGGCGGUGGAGUCGCUGUGGGGGGCCGGGGCUUUCGGGGUGGAGCUGUUCCUGAUGGGGGACGGAGGCGUUCUGCUUAACGAAAUCGCCCCCAGGACGCGUGGUGGUGCUGCGGUGCACUGGUACGGCAAGGCGGAGGCAAGGGCAGGGCGCAAGAUGGCCCACGUCACCUUCUGCGCAGACACGAUGGAGGAGCUCCGGCGAAAGGUGGCUCCGUUUGGACUGCUUCCGGGACCCACGGCAGCGGCGGCGGCGGAGGAGGCAGGAGCAGCAGGAGGCGAGGAGGCGGGUGGGAGUCGGCGGCCCCUUGUUAGCGUUAUCAUGGGCAGCGACUCCGACCUGCCGACGAUGAAGGCGUCGGCAGACAUCCUCGAGACGUUCGGGGUGCCGUACGAGCUGACGAUCGUCUCCGCUCACCGGACACCGGCAAGAAUGACGGCGUUUGCCACGGGGGCGGCAUCGAGGGGGAUCCGCGUUGUCAUCGCGGGCGCGGGCGGGGCGGCGCACCUGCCCGGCAUGGUAGCCGCCAUGACCCCGCUGCCGGUGAUUGGCGUCCCCGUCAAGACCUCGACGCUGAGCGGGGUGGACUCCCUCCACAGCAUCGUCCAGAUGCCCCGUGGGGUGCCGGUGGCCACGGUCGGGAUCGGCAACGCUACCAACGCAGGGCUGCUAGCGGUGCGGAUGCUCGCCUCGGGGGGAGGGGAGGCGUCUCCGGCGACGGGCCCCCCCGGCGAAGGGGGGGGCGGGGGGGUGGAGGGGUCGCCGCUCCUGCGAGCCAUGGACGAGUACAUGGCGCGGUCCGGCAAGGAGGUCGAGGAGAAGGCGCUGAAGAUGGAGGAGCAGGGCUGGAAGGCGUAUCUCAGCGCUAAGAUUGACAAGAGUACCACCGUCGGUGUUUGACUUCACGGGGCUGCGAGGGGGAGGCGUGGGGGUUGUUUUGGGGUGUGUGUAGAUGAUAACUUUUUUUUUUUUUGCGAAUACAGUACGAGCACUGCUGCGUAGAGAGGGAGGUCGAUAGGUUGCGGGAAAUGAAGGACACAUUUUCGUCUCCCGGCUGCCGAGGCAAAGUCGUCCUUGUCAUUGUGGCGUGUUCGUGUACUUCGCUUUCGGAGUUGAGAUUUGGGAGAGAAACAUUGAAAUCACGUUUCGGCCCUUCCGCUGCUUUCGAAAGGAGGAGGAGGAG